UGGCCAUAGUCCAAAGACCGAAACAUGUAAAAGACAAAAAGAUAUUGAAAGUGAAACGUAAACAAAUCAUUCGGCACAAGUCGGUAAUAAUCGCCAAUAAGCUCACGACUCAUAAAAUGAGGUUUAUUUUAUUUAUUUUUUAACUGAAACACAAUUAGUCAUAGAUACAUACGUAUAAUUAUACACGCACAAAGCAUACAUAGACACGCGCGCACGUACACACACAUACAUAAAUUAUAAGCAUAUGAUAUAUAGAUGUGUGUGUAUACACACCCUUAACUACGUCUGGUUUGCCGAACAAGUUUGCAUUUGGUCAUGACUGACUUUUAUCCCAUCCACCUCUCUCUUCACAGAGCCAAUGACAUUUUCGGUGUGUCAAUAGCAGCUGAAAUUAAAAAUUACAUUUAAUUAAACAAGAUAGUGUUCGUAUCUCUCUUUCUCUCUAUGUGCAUCUACGUGUAUUUCUUAUUAUCUAAACUUAUUCUUCUAACUCAAACUACUUGAAGAAACUUUAUAAAACAAACGAGGGCUUAAAACGGCAUUCUCCCAUCUAUAACGUUUUGAACUACAUACACACCUACGCAGUGGAUAUACUAAAUACAAGACACCUUCAAUCUGUUUUAAAUGAUAUAGGGACAGUCGUACACAUUACAAAAUGUCCCAAGUAACUGAAUGGACACCUCUGGCCCCUCUACACGAUUUUUAUGAUGAGAAGAUUGUGCUGAUUCUACUUAACCAACCAAUAACACCAAUGCUAAAAAUCUUCAAAUAUUUAUGGCAAAAAGCUGUAUUGAAGGUAUUUGUCGAUGGUGCAGCAAAUGAAGUAUACAGCCAUCUCUCCAAAGAAGAUUUCCUGCCAGAUAUAAUCACAGGAGACUUUGAUUCCAUCCGCCCAGAAGUAAAAGAACAUUAUCAACAGAAAAAUGUUGAAAUUGUUGAAACACCUGAUCAAGAUGAAACUGAUUUUACAAAAUGUCUGAGAAUUGUUUUUGGGAAAAUUAAUCAUGUUGAGGUUGAGAGAAUAGUUGUUCUAGUUGGUUUCCAAGGAAGAGUUGACCAGCAAUUUGCUAAUUUCAACACACUCUUCAAAGUCAGAAACUUUGGAUAUGAUAAAUAUGUUCCCAUAUAUGUGAUGUCAAAUUCAGAUCUUACAUGCCUUUUGAAAACAGGAAAUAACAGCAUUGAAGUUGAUAGUGAAUUCAGAGGUGCGCAUUGUGGUCUGAUUCCUCUUGGUUGUGUGUGUAACAGCAUAACAACAACAGGGCUAAAAUGGAAUUUAGAUAAAGCACCAUUAGAAUUUGGACAUCUGGUAAGCACAAGCAAUACAUAUGCAGAAAAUCUAGUUGAAGUGCAAACAGAAUGCCCCAUACUCUGGUGCAUGGAUCUCAAAUUCUGAAAGAAGAAAAUUCACCCAAUCACUUAACUAAAUAAAUUUAUUUUAAUACACUUAAA